AUUUGUUCUGGUUUCAUUCACUCUAUCACUCGCGUAUAGUGUUGAACAGUGAGGUUUUAUUCAUUGUCUAGGAAAAGAUGGGUGUCCCGAAUGCUCGUGGAGAUAGCUACCGUAUGGCGACUCAGAAAAAAUCUAAGAAAACUCUCAAGAAGGACGACUUGAAUGAACUUAAGCAAGAAAUCGACAUGGAUGAACACAGGGUAUCUCUUGAAGAGUUGUAUUCUCGGCUAUCUACUGACCCUCAGAAUGGCCUAACAGCUGAACAAGCGAAAACUCGAUUAGAACGUGAUGGUCCGAAUGCCCUAACACCUCCAAAAACCACACCAGAGUGGGUGAAAUUUUGUAAAACUUUGUUUGGUGGUUUCUCUUUGUUGUUGUGGAUCGGUGCUGUCUUGUGCUUUAUUGCCUUCUCAAUUGAAAGUGGAACUCACGAAGACCCUCCCAAAGAUAAUCUGUAUCUUGGUAUUGUUUUAUCCAUUGUCGUUGUGGUUACUGGCUGCUUUUCAUACUACCAAGAAUCCAAAUCAUCACGCAUCAUGGAGUCUUUUAAGAAAAUGAUUCCACAAACCGCCCUUGUAAUUCGAGGUGGAGUGAAGAUUGAAGCACCUGCUGAAGCAUUAGUUGUUGGUGAUUUAAUUGAUGUAAAGUGUGGCGAUCGUGUUCCUGCAGACAUACGAAUUAUUUCUGCAAGUUCAUUCAAAGUGGAUAAUUCAGCACUAACUGGUGAAUCUGAGCCUCAGUCACGUACAGCAGAAUAUACAAAUGAAAAUCCUCUAGAAACUAAAAAUUUGGCCUUUUUCUCAACUAAUGCUGUUGAUGGUGCCGCUCGCGGGAUAGUUGUUAGUACUGGUGAUCGUACAGUUAUGGGUCGUAUUGCAAACUUAGCUUCUGGUCUACAAAUUGGUCAAACACCAAUCAAUAAAGAAAUCAGUCAUUUUAUUCAUUUAAUCACAAGUGUUGCUGUAUUUCUUGGCGUAUCAUUCUUUGUUAUCGCCUUCAUUUUGGGCUAUCAUUGGCUUGAAGCUGUUAUCUUUUUGAUUGGUAUUAUUGUCGCGAAUGUCCCUGAAGGUCUUUUGGCCACUGUGACAGUGUGUUUAACACUGACUGCCAAACGUAUGGCUAGUAAAAAUUGUCUGGUAAAGAAUUUAGAGGCAGUUGAAACUCUUGGUUCAACAAGUACUAUCUGUUCUGAUAAAACUGGUACACUGACACAGAAUCGUAUGACUAUAGCUCAUAUGUGGUUUGAUAAUAAAAUUUUUGAUGCUGACACAACAGAUGACCAGUCAGUUGCCACCUACGACAAGAAUUCACCAACAUGGAUAGCUUUAGCGCGUAUCGGUAUGCUUUGCAAUCGUGCUGAAUUUAAAACAGGUGAAGAAAAUAAGCCAGUUCUAAAACGUGAGUGUAACGGUGAUGCAUCAGAAUCAGCCUUACUGAAAUGUGUUGAACUUUCAUUCGGUGGUGUCACUGAAUAUAGACGUAAAAAUCCUAAAAUUGCAGAAAUUCCUUUCAAUUCUACAAACAAGUAUCAGUUAUCCAUUCAUGAGACAAAUGAUGGAGACGAUCGAUAUCUUUUAGUAAUGAAAGGUGCACCUGAACGUAUUCUUGAUCGAUGUGGAACAAUUCUUAUCAAUGGUAAAGAAGAAGUUAUGGAUGAAACAAUGCGUGAGAAUUUCAAUAGCGCUUAUUUAGAACUUGGUGGUAUGGGAGAAAGAGUAUUAGGAUUCUGUGAUUAUCGUCUACCAGCGGAUACAUAUAAACGUGGUUAUGCGUUCAACGUUGAUGAACCGAACUUUCCAAUAACUAAUUUACGUUUUGUUGGCCUAAUGUCUAUGAUUGAUCCACCUAGAGCAGCUGUACCAGAUGCAGUUGCUAAAUGUCGAUCAGCUGGUAUCAAAGUUAUCAUGGUAACUGGUGAUCAUCCAAUAACGGCAAAAGCUAUUGCUAAAGGUGUUGGAAUCAUAUCAGAGAAUUCAAAAACUGUAGAAGAUAUUGCGGCUGAAAGAGGUAUUCCAGUCCGUCAGGUUAAUCCACGUGAUGCACAAGCAUGUGUUAUUCAUGGAUCAGAUUUACGUGAAAUGACACCAGCACAAAUCGAUGACAUUCUAUUGAAUCACUCAGAAAUUGUAUUCGCUCGUACUAGUCCCCAACAAAAAUUGAUUAUAGUUGAAGGAUGUCAACGACAAGGUGCAAUUGUUGCUGUGACAGGCGAUGGUGUAAAUGAUAGUCCAGCUCUUAAACAAGCAGAUAUUGGUGUUGCCAUGGGUAUAGCUGGUAGCGAUGUGAGCAAACAAGCUGCUGAUAUGAUAUUAUUGGAUGAUAAUUUUGCCUCUAUUGUGACUGGUGUCGAAGAAGGCCGUAUUAUCUUCGAUAAUUUAAAAAAAUCAAUAGCAUAUACGUUGACGUCGAAUAUCCCCGAAAUUACACCCUUUUUAAUUUAUAUUCUUGCUGAUAUUCCAUUACCCCUGGGUACAAUUACUAUCCUGUGCAUCGAUCUUGGUACUGAUAUGAUUCCAGCUAUCUCACUUGCUUAUGAAGAAGCUGAAGCUGAUAUUAUGAAGCGUAUGCCACGUGAUCCUCUACAUGAUAAACUAGUCAAUGAACGAUUAAUUUCAAUGGCUUACGGUCAAAUUGGUAUGAUUCAAGCUUCUGGUGGUUUCUUUGUCUAUUUUGUUAUUAUGGCUGAGAAUGGAUUUUGGCCAUCACGCUUACUUGGAAUUCGACGUGAAUGGGACUCGAAAGCUAUCAAUGAUUUAGCUGAUUCUUAUGGACAAGAAUGGACUUAUCAUCAGCGUAAACGCUUAGAAUAUACAUGCCAUACAGCAUUCUUUGCAUCAAUUGUCAUUGUCCAAUGGACUGAUUUGAUGAUUUGCAAGACACGUCGUAAUUCAAUUUUCCAACAAGGCAUGUGGAAUCAUCAUCUAACCUUUGGUUUAUUCUUUGAAACAACACUGGCUAUAUUCUUGUCCUACUGUCCUGGUUUAGACAAAGGUCUACGUAUGAUGCCUAUGAGGUUCACUUGGUGGCUUCCAGCAUUACCGUUCAGUUUGCUUAUAUUCAUCUAUGAUGAAGUAAGAAAGUUCCUGCUAAGGCGGUUACCACCUGGAUCAUGGCUUGAAAAGGAGACAUAUUAUUAGUAGUAAUUCUAGUAGAAAUAGCAUCCUAUAUGAAAGUACUGAUUCCAUGCUUUUAUUUCCUAUAUAUCUCUUAGCAAUCACUGAUACUUUACAUUUCUCUUCCGUUCUGCAAACUUCAUCGAUUCUUUUCUCCUUCAAUGACUAUUUCCCUCUACAUCUUUGACCUUUCAUUUCGUUGUUUUGUGUCUAUUUCAUGAUUUCUAGAAGUUAAGAUUUCUGUGUCUGUCUCUGGAUUAUAUUUCAUCGUCUUAUAUAAGUUUGUUUUUUCACAAUGUAAUCAAUUGUUUGUUACCUAUCAUUGCUAUUUUAUUGCCUGUUGUCAUCAUUCGUAAUAACAGAUAUUGAUAAUUAGAUAAGUAUGUGAGAUAGAAAUUUGCCUUACACACACACACACAUGAGCAUGAAUAAUUUCUACUUUCUUGUCAUUAAUACUACUCAUUGCACUUCUACUAUCAUUAGUAAUAAAGUGAUAGUCCUAGUUGUCAUAAUUACACUAGUGAUGAUAAUGUGAAACACGCUCUCCUUUUUUAUUAGAGAAAUUCAUACUCCCCCUCCCUUUCUCUUCAUCACAAUUGAUUUGUUUGUUUUCAUUCCCUUUCUUUUCCUUCAUUGUACCAUAUUAUAUCGGUUUGCUAUUAUUUUGUUUUGUGAUUUUUUUUCAUUUUGAUCUCUUAUGUAUGUCUUGUUGUUAAUUGGAAGGAACAAAUUUGUGCGUCUGCAUGGUGUGUGUGUGUACAAUUUAAGCAGUGUGCUGCUGCUAGAGAAGAAUGUGAUUAUCUUUCUUCUCUGGCUUUCAUUUCCAUCUCUCACCCUUCAUAUUCUCUAUUCUCUUUUAUUUUUUGGUCUAUAUUAAUGAGAAUUAUGUAAUCACAUCUGUUAAAUUCUGUGUAAUCAUUCGGCAUCGGGGCAUAUUUGUCCAUGUCUAUAUAUGUGUGUGAUCAUUGAAUAUUUGCUAGUUGCUGUAACCUUUUCUUUUUCGUGAUUAUAUUCAAUGAUAAUAAUAAUAAUGUUAAUGAAUAUCAAUUAGCUUAACGGUGGUUGAUUUCUAAUACUCGUUAUAGUUUAAUCUUUAUUUUGACAACUGAGAUUUUUAUGUCUUGUCUGUAUGCACAUGUGUCACCCAUGUCUUUUAGUUCGUUAUUCUGUGUGUGUGUGUGUUUGUGUGCACGAACUUCGUUUCAUUAUUGGUUUCUUUAUUUCAUCCAUUUCAUACGUCGUUGCAUAUUGUUGUUUAUUUCUUCUUUUGUGAAAUUGGAGUAAAAGCGGAGUUUGUCUUUUUUCUGUAUCGCGUUGGUCUGCUCCAACUCCCUUCCCCCUCUCGUCCCCGAGAUCUCAUAUAAUUAUAUAGAUGUGUUUGUAGUUUACCUAUUAGAUAAUUUUCUUAUUUUCCUCUCUCAGUAGUUGCGUCAUAACUCUCUCACCCUGGUAUUUCUGUACCAAUCACCUAGACAUAACUACCUAUCAUCAGCACGCUUCUAAGAGUAGAGAAAAAGUGCAAGAUUAUUUGAAAUGAAACCAUGGGUAGCUGGACAGCUGAACACACACACUGUCUGUCAUUCUUUAUUGUUCUACUCUCUGUUACUUGAUUGUUCCCAUUGUUGUCGUAGUUGUGUUUGUUUCACCACUUGCCGUGUUGUCUUUCAAAUAGUACGGCGGCUCAUUUUGACUAUACAAAUUAGAUAAUUCAUCCAUUUCUGUGUGAGUAUUAUUAUUAUUUGAACAAUAAUCAUAGUUAGUAUAGUAAUACAAUUGGUGCUAAGAAUAAUCAAUCGUCAAUAAAUAAUACUGCACAAAACCACAAAGUUUUCGCUGCACCUAUAUAUAUAUAUAUAUAUAUAUAUA